GAAACACGAAUACUGCACUCUUUGCUUAUUGACAUCUAGAAACGUUCAAUAACACCCAGGAAACCUGUAUUCCGCUAAUGUAGUUUUGCUUUUACCCGUGCAGAUACUACCAAUCUACGCAGGCGAAAUUGCCGCUGACGCUCGAGAAAAUCUUUCUGGGCUGAACUUGAUCACAAAGUGAGCUCUAAACAAAAUUUGUUGUUUCCGAUCAGGUUUGCGCCAUAAGGGCGCUGGCUGGACCGUCCCAAAAACCGAAAAGAUGAUGAUCUUUAUCCAGUCCUGUUUAUUUUUGGGGCUCCUGUAUUCGGUGCAGGGAAAGAGCUGCGGAUGUGGCGUCAGUCCUGCAUCCAGCAAUGGCUCAGAUGCAACAGCGUUGUCCAGAACGGGGUGCUCACAGGUUGCUAUUCAGAAUGAUGUUGGCAGCAUAUUUUGUUCAGCAGUUUUGAUAGACGAAUUGUAUGCGAUAACCCCUGGACAGUGCAUUUUCGGGCGUCAAGCAAAUUCAACAUUUAUCCGCAUUGGAAGCACGGAUUCGAGCAACUCGUCUGUACGAGUCCUAGCGGUGGAUGACCUUUUUGUCCAUCAAGAAUACCUAAACAUUAACACCCGAAACGACUACAACAUCGGCAUUAUUAAACUCCAGCAACCGAUUGAUUGCUCCAGUGGGAGCGUUUGUCUAGCCUGUUUACCUCCGCGCAGUAGUCUGAACAUAACGAAUCCAAACUGCGCGGCGACCACGUGGAAUGUACGAGCGAAUGCCGCUGCGGGCGUCAAAAAUACUUCGUCCACCUUGCAGAGCCGUCCGGCUUCCAUCAUGGACCAGAUUGAUUGCGUAAACAAACUACGGGAAGACCAAGCUAUACAAAACGAUUACAGGCUUUCGGAUAACAAGUUUUGUCUCCACGAGUCAGAAAACACCACAACCUGCACAGGUGAUCUGGGUGAUCCACUAAUCUGUCUCGACAAUAACCAGUACGAAGUGGUCGGAUUGAAUACGCUGGGAUUCAGUUGUUUCCGCAAAUCACUGCCGAGUUUCUACGUGCGUGUUUCGGCUUUCGUGGAUUGGAUCAGCAAAGUUAUGGAGCGACAGCCGCCCGCCAGCCAUAUCGGAACGAUGAUUAUGGACCCGUUAGUUGGUCCCGUUGUGCUGUUGCCUUCAGCUCCUACGAAUCCGCAGUCAUCCGGUUUCGUCAUACCGAAGGAAACGCCACGGACGUCGCCACAAAUGAAUACGACGACAACCCAAACUAACACGACGACGGAUUCGGCUCGGUCCGAGUUAGAGAAAUCUCCCAACGCCACCCAACAAGUUCUGGUCACACCUCCGCACAAUGUAACCGCCACAAAUACGAACCAAACUUCACUGACCAAUACAUCAGAGACGAACACAAAUACUCCGACCUUGCAAGCUCCCGUUGUCAUCUUCCCUCACGGGACCGCUGGAACAGCUCUGAACCAAACCAACGGAGCCAGUGGACAGCACAUCGCGGCUGACGGCUCACUCGAACAGGUUGGCCGAGAUGGAUCCGUGCAGCGACAACAUGCCAUAACCCAGGACAAGCUGCUUAAGGAAGUAUCGCCAAAUGUAUUCCAAGCAAAUAUCGGUGGACAAGCAAUCAAUUUAGACAUGAAUACUGGACCAAAAAUUAUUUUUCCAACAGCGGAUGUGUUUUUCGGAAACAAUCCCAUUCGCCAAAAGCGUGAUUUGCUUGGAAACCUUGGCAGCUCAUUUUCGGUGCCUAUUAUCAACAUUCCAGAAUCGGAUGCGACGUACGAUCGAGACUCAGGGAGGUUCGUCUUCAGGCUGCCGAACAGAACUACAGCUGUCAGUAGCGCCAGUUUCUUGCCAACGACAGCUGAAGACAUCAAACAACAAAUUAUCGCACAACAGGACAGAAUCCUGGCACAGAUCGACAACUACAAAAAGAACAUUCUUGUGUCGUUGAACGGUGUGUUUAACAACAAUAACAGUCCGAACUUCGAUAAUGGGAAUUUCGCUAAUACUGACAAUGCUGCUGCUGCAUCUACUGGGAUGUCCGGAGUGGCAACUUCCAGCAACGCGGGCACGAUACCGAAACCAGUAGAAAGGGCGCCAGUUCCAAUAAGCCGAGUCUCGCAAAACGCUAAUUCUGAUACAAGUAGCAGCGGCACAACGAAGCCACCGUGGAAGAGCAUAUAUGGGAAAAAGACAACGGAUACUGAUAGUGGUAGCGGUGCCACCGGCUCGACAUCCAUCAAAUCCAAGCCAGUUCCGACCAACAGCCGCAUCGGCGGCCGCGGACCGGCCCUGGCCCAGGGUAUUGCUGUUGCCAAUGGAAACAGCGCUGGAACGUCCAGCAAUUCCGAUUCUGUGGAUACAUCAUUAGAUUCUGAUAAUCCCGCCGAAGGUUCUGUAAAUACAUCUCUAAAUGGUGCUACUGGUGGUAGUUCUGCGGGAGUAAGUUUUAAAGGUGAUCGCGUGCUAGCGCAGACAAAGAACACCGCCAAUUCAGCAUCGGCUAGUGUUUCUGCAUCAUCCAGCGGCUGAUAUCUGAUUUGCAUACCUGGUUACGUUGUUGUUAUCGUGCAUUUCCUAUUUUUACGGGAAGCAAGUUGUUCUUUGAUCUGUAAAAGGUUAUAUUCGUACAUUCGACCAGCGGGUGUAUAUCUCUGAUCAAAAUAAAGUUGCAUCGAUUG